CAAGAAAAGCUCCCAGAGGGUUACCACGAAGAUCUGCAGGAGAUGGAAGAGGAAACUCAAAUACCUUUGGCCCAACUUUGCUUCCCCGUCGGGGAAUCGAACCCCGGUCUCCCGCGUGACAGACGGGGAUACUCACCACUAUACUAACGAGGAGAUUUGAGAGCAACAGACCAUGUAGAUUCUUUGGGAUGCCUUUACAACAAGAACCCAUAGGCCCAAACAUUGUCAUUCAGGGAAGAACUCAUCUGAAUCCUGGACAAUGCUGGGCCUUUGCAGGAUUCCCAGGACGUUUAUCCGUCCAACUGUCCCACAAAGCCACUGUCACUCAUGUGUCGCUGGGUCAUAUUCCUAAGAGGAUAUCCCCAUCUUCCAGAAUCUCCAGUGCUCCGAGGGAAUUCUUUGUCUAUGGAAAGAAGGACAUAAACGAUGAGGAGAGUUUUUUGGGAGCUUUUCAAUAUGAAGAAGAUGGCAGCAGGAUACAGACCUUCAAACUUCCUGAUGAUAAAACUGACUCCUUCACCCAUGUGAGCCUACAGCCAGUCAGCCUCGGCAGAUGGCUGUUCAUCCUGAGCCUGGUUCUGCUGGAGGUUUCUUCCUUUUAAAGGGAGUUAUCCUCUCCACUGUUGCCUUGUGCUUGCUCAGGAUGGGGGAUCCCUUGGAUUAAAUAUCCACCUUGAUCGGCUGGUGACCCCUCCGCAGAAUUGCCACCGAUUCGCCAACGAUCGGAGCCGCACCGCGAUUUCUCACCGAGAUCGCGGUGGAUCACAACCAAUGCCCUGUGAUCAACCAGAGCCCUGGUACGAAGAGGCGCCGUACCAUCAACCGAGGGCCCGCUGGGAACCGCUGCCGCGGUUUCGACCUGCGCCGCGCUUCCAGCCGGUACCGCCCUUCCAUGCUCCACCUGCGCGGCGCUGGGACUCGGGACCACGUGGGCAGCCUGCACCACGUUGGAACUCGGGGACACGGCGAAACUCGGUGCCGCGUACACAACCUUCACAGCGCCAGCAACCCAGAUCGCAACGACCGUCACAGGGACGCCGAAGACAGCGGGCGCGCAACCACUCUGCCCAGCGUCUGCAAUCCCGAGCGGAGGACCUCACGCUUCCUAGCCAGGGGGGAGUGGGCCAGGCGCAGUCCACAGAUGACGGGGGCCGG